AUGGAUCCACCUGGCUGGGCCAAGGUAAAAUGUUCCUGCCACCACUGUCUCCCCGGGCUGUUGCUGCAGCUGCUUCUGGCUCCGUGCUUCUCCUCCUACCUGCGUGUGUCCCGAGACAAGCCCACAUGGGUCCCCGAAUUGGGGGCCCCCUCCCAGGCCACUGCAGGGCCCUCCACCCGCCCGCCUCUGCGUCUCCUGCUGUGGACGUGGCUAUUCAACACCCCAGUGGCUCUGUCCCACUGCUCGGAGAUGUGGCCCGGCACAGCCGACUGCCACCUGACUGUCAACCGCAGCGAGUACCCUCGGGCGGAUGCGGUCUUUGUGCGUCACCGAAAGGUCAGCUCCAGGCCUAAGGCACAGCUCACGCCUUCCCUGCGGCCCCCCAGCUAGCGCUGGGUCUGGUUCAGCAUGGAAUCGCCCAGCAACUGCCCCCAACUGAAGGCCCUGGACGGAUACUUCACCCUCACGGUGUCCUACCGCCAGGACUCAGAUAUCUUCACGCCGUACAGCUAGCGUGAGCCAUGGCCUGGCCAGCCUGUAGACACACUGGUGAACGUCUCGGCCAAGACCAAGCUGGUGGCCUGGGUGGUGGCCAACUGGAGGGUGGACUGUCGGGUGCAGUCCUAUCAGAAGCUGCAGCCUCACCUCCAAAUGGAUGUGUAUGGACGCUCCCACAUGCCACUGCCCCGGGAGGUCAUGACCAACAGGCUGUCCCAGUACAAGUUUUACCUGGCUUUCAAGAACUCCUUGCACCCUGACUAUAUCACAGAGAAGCUGUGGAGGAACGCCCUGCAGGCCUGGGCAGUGUCAGUGGUGCUGGGCCCCAGCAGGAGGAACUAUGAACAGUUCCUGCCACCUGAAGACUUUCAGAGCCCCAAGGACUUGACCCAUUAUCUGCUGGCGCUGGUCAAGGACCACACCCUCUACCCGAGCUGCUUCCGCUGGCGGGAGACGCUGCGGCCCAGAUCCUUCAGCUGGGGCUUGAUGUUCUGUCAGGCCUGCUAGCGGCUGCAACAGAAUCCCAACUACCGGACGGUGCCCAGUAUCACGUCUUGGUUCACGUGAGCCAGCCAGCCUGGGGCCUGGGCUGCUGGGCAUCUGGGGACCUUGGUGGGUGGAGCGCUCCCUUACCUGGGGCUUCCCCUGCUGGGCCCCUCUGCUGCCAGGAAUGUUGUUGCUUCUGUGGGACCUCGCUUGCUAGGAGCUUCACCUGCUGGGGGCGGGGGUGUCAUCUACCAGGGGCUGUGGCUGCUGGGCACGCACCAAGACACCCCCUGGGGAACUGGCCUUGGUGCCCCGCCCACUGGUGAUGGCUCUGGUGGAUGGGCCUGUGAGUACUGCUGCUUUGUCAAUGAACCGCCUCGGGGGUAUGCAGGUUGGCAAUACUGACACCAUUUUCGAGA